AUGCAAAUCAACAGAAACUUGUCACAUCAACAACACCAACACGAUCACACCAAUAGCACAUCAAGCCCCACUCCUGACUCACUAAUUAAUGACAUCACACUGCAGCCAAUAGCAACGCAGAUAUUUUUAGAAACAUCAGCUGCCAGAGCUAUUGCUGGAAUGUUCGCCGUCACUGCUAUUAUCAUAACUUGCAUACAGAUAUACAACCAUCUUCGAUACUACGCCUGCCCAAACGAACAGAGGUGGAUCGUUCGGAUACUGUUCAUAGCCCCCAUAUAUUCUAUCGACUCCUGGUUCGGCCUGAUGUUCUUUAAGAAUGACUACUACAUCUACUUCAACGCUUUCAGAGAUUGCUAUGAGGCAUUCGUCAUAUAUAAUUUUCUGAGUCUUUGUUACGAGUACCUUGGCGGCGAGGGUCACAUUAUGGCCGAGCUUCAAGGAAAGAGUAUCAGUUCCAGCUGGUUGCAUGCAACAUGCUGCUUGGCUGGCCGACAAUAUACUAUCACGUUUUUGAGGUUUUGCAAACAGGCCACUCUGCAGUUCUGCGUAGUGAAGCCAGUUGUGGCCAUGGCGAUCAUCAUACUCCACCCGCUGGGAUAUUAUGAAGAUGGCGAUUUCAGUGCGAAAGGUAGCUACCUAUACAUAACGAUAAUCAACAAUGUCAGCGUUAGUUUGGCCCUCUAUGCCCUAUUCCUCUUUUUCUCCUCGACCAAUCAGCUUCUUAGAUCGCAUGACCCACUUUUGAAAUUUGUCGCCGUCAAAUCUAUCAUCUUUCUGUCGUUUUGGCAAGGAGUGCUACUGGCAAUCCUCGAGAUGGUGGGAGUGAUAAGUGCAGUGCGUUUGUCGACGGAUUCCAGCAUCGCUGUCGGGACAGUGGCCGCCGGCUAUCAGAACUUCCUCAUCUGCGUGGAGAUGUUUUUGGCGGCCAUCCUCCUGAGGUUCGCCUUCCCACACGCCACGUACAAGAAGGAGAGGGGCACGAGUAAGGAAGGGGCCUUGAGUAUUGGCCGCAGGACCCUGCAGAGCAUUUCAUCAAAUCUGAAGGAGACGAUGAACCCGCGGGACAUCGUAGUGGAUGCCCUGCACAACUUCCACCCCAACUACCAGCACUACGUACAACAUUCCACA